UCGCGCGCUCUGCUCUCGGCUCUCCUUUUGCUCUCUUGGCGAUCUCGUCUUUCUGCGAAGGUCGGAGCUGCUCUCCGACGAAAGGAUAAAGCUUCGACCGAUCGUCGGCUGGGAGUGAGCGUCCUCUCCUCCGAUUUAGGGGAGAAUUUAGAUUCUUGUUGUGGUGAUCUCAUUCCUUUUCCUUUGCUUGAGGUUUCGUUUCGCUUCGCUGUCGAAAUUUUUUAGGGUUCAAGAUAUUGUUGAAUUUUGAUGAUUUGGUUUCGUUUUGGUUGAUAUACUUGACAAUUUCCGUGACCAAAAGUCAGAAAUUUUGUUGUUCUCGGGGUUCUUUUUGAUCAAUUCUUGGUUAUCGAUCGUCUGGGUUUUCAAGUUUCUUUUGGGAAGUUCGAUCUUUCUGGUUUUCUUGAUUGUCUCUCGUCACCUCGGCGUUUCUCGUUCUGGUUUCGAUUGGCAAGAUGGCUUCUUCUCGUUCCAGGCGUGUGGAGUACGACCGCUUCAUCCCGGUCCGAUCGGCGAUGGACAUGGACUUCGCGCGCUGUGCUCUAACCAUGCCUUCCAGACCUCAGCGUGAUGGUUCGAUAGAAUCCCCAUCGAGUGCAGCGUACCAAAAACUUCUUGUUCAAUGUAUUUUGAAGAACAGAUCUCGCAUUUUCGCAUUCAAGAGUGCACCCGAAUCACCGGCCGACAAGGUGUGCCAAUUUGACGAGGACAAUCGACCGCACAAGAAGCAACAGAGACGAAUCCCAAAAGAUCCAGAUAGGGUUUUGGCUGCUUAUGACAUCAUAGAUGAUGAUAGGUUGAAUCUCCUCGACUGGGGAAGCAAUAAUGUGUUGGCGAUUGGCCUCAAUGACACAGUGUACAUAUGGAAUGCUGCGAAUAAGUCUGGUAUGAAGUUUUCACGAGCCUUAGAAAACAACAGCCCUGUCACUAGCAUCAGCUGGUCCCCAGACGGCAAAGUUCUCGCUGUCGCAUUUGGCAAUUCAGAUUUAGAUCUGGUUGAUGCAGCAACAGGACGUCUGUUGGUUGGGAUCCAAGGUGACAGCCACUCCUUUGUUUGUUCACUUGCCUGGAGAAGUAAUGCAAUCUUGACGACUGGGAAAUCCGAUGGUAGUGUUGUUGAUUAUGACAUUAGAAAAGAUGACCGGGCCAUCUGUGACUAUAAAGGGCAUCGACUUGAAGUUUGUAGUCUUAAAUGGUCCGAGUUGUUUGGGCGAUAUCUGGCAAGCGGAGGGAAGGACAAACUUGUGCACAUAUGGGACGCCCGCAUGGCUGUUGCAAAUCACCAUCCGUGCCAACAUCAAUUGCUUCACAAGAUCAACAACCACACUUCCACUGUGAGGGCCCUUGAUUGGUGCCCUACCAGGAGCAAUCUGCUGGCUUCUGGUGGAGGACGCAAUGAUCAUUGCAUUAAGUUUUGGAAUGCUGCUAAUGGUGUUUGCUUGAACUCAAUUGAUACCGGCUCUGAAGUUUGUGCGUUGUUGUGGGACAAGAACAAAUCUGAAUUGCUGACCUCCCAUGGGUUUCCAAACAAUCAACUCACCCUAUGGAAUUACACAUCCAUGACGAGAAAAGCUGAGCUUUUUGGUCAUUCAUCUCGUGUUCUUUACUUGGCUGGGAGCCCAUUGGGUGGUGUAGUAGCUUCUGCUGCAGAAGAUGAGACACUCAAGUUCUGGAAUGUCUUUGAGACUCCCAAACCACCAAAACCUAAAGCAAACACUAUGCCCUUUGCCCAAUUUAGUGUCAUAAGAUGAAACUGCUGAUGGUUGGAAAAGAUUACGAGAGUAAUACGAAAAACAUUUUUAGUGCUUGACAAGAAGAUCCAUUGUUGAUAGCAUUGCAUAGAGAAGUUUGUGGCAUCAAAGAGGAUUUUUCUUGCUGAUUAGCUGUUGCAUUGUAGCAGACUAGUAGCAAUCUUCAUGAGAUUGUUAGAGAAGCUUGCUAAGUUUCAUACAAAUGCUCGCCAACUAAUGACAUGGCUACUGUUUCAGUAUUUUGAAUUAUGCUGUUGCAGUCAUCUAUCACGAGUUUCAUCAUCCACGUGCUGUAGUUUUAAUCUGCUACUUGGACAAAGAGACCUGGAGCAUUGAUGCUUCACUUAUUAGAAUUUGAGAAUCAGGGACAAAGAGACCGAAAGCAAAGAUGCUUCACUUAUAGAAUUUGAGAAUCAGGUUUGAGUAUCUUUUUUUGUUGAUGCUAUUAUAUUACCUUUACUAGAGAAUAUCUCUAGUGGUUUCUCAAAUUUGAUUAUUGAAAAGUCAUUAGUUUUUUGCUUGCU